AGGCAGGAGAAAUGUUGGUGAGAUAGUGGGAAAGGCUGAGUAUGGCGGCGGAAGGGGUGUUUGCCAACCUCGCUCUCCAUUCGAACUUAUUCGACAUUCAGGUUCUGGAUCGCUGGAACGAAACUCUUCUGCAACAUCUUUCGCAACUGGAGUAAAGAGAAGUUAAGGGCGAGUUUUGGAAGGGAACAAAGGCUUGAAAUAGAAAAGGGAUUGGAUGUGUUGUUGACAUUUCUCAAUCGAAAUGCUUUCUGCACUAUCGAUAGACCUUCAGGGAAAGGAAGAAUUUUGGUCGUCGAAAGAGCGUUGAUCGAAAGGAUGUUGGAUCAUUGGAUAGUUGGCGAAUUGCUCGCCGGUUUCACCUUGGCCAGAGUUUUUGGAAAAAUGAUCGAUGAGUUGAAUGAAGAAGAAUUGGAAAUCGUGAAGGUGGCCUGCGAAGCAGAAAGCAAGGCCUGGAAGGGCAGAGGAAGAUGGGAUUUUGCGGCGUUGGGGAUUGUCAUUGCCCUCACGGGAGGAUCGAAAAGAGAGCUGGUAGUAGGGCUGUUGAGCGGAAUGGAGGCGGAACUAUGGGGAAGAUGUAGAGUCACCACGACGAAAGCUCUCAUCACGAAGUGCGAGUGUGAGUACGGUCAAGUGGGGGAGGAGGAGGGCAAGCGGCGGACGAAGAAAGAAGUGGGAGGAGGAGGAGGAGGAGGAGGAGGAGGAGGAGGUGAAAGAGGAGAACGAGCGGGGUGUAGAAGAAAGAGGGGGGAGGCAGAAAUAAGGAAAGAAAGAAAACCAGUUGAAAAAGCAAAGGAGAAGGAGGACGGGGACGAGGAACAGGAAGAAGGAGGGAGGAGGAGGGAGGAGGGAGGAGGAGGAGGAGGAGGAGGAGGAGAAAGGCGGAGGAGGGGAAGGAGGGGAACGAGGAGGAGGAGGGAUGUGAUAUUAAGAUUUCGAAGACAGCAAGAGGGAGGGAAGGGAGAGGAGGAGGAGAAGAGGGGAGGAGGGGAGGAGGGGAGGGAAGGAGGAGGAGGAGGAGGAGGAGGAGGAGGAGCAGGGCUCGACAAAGCGAGGAGGAGGAGGAGGAGGAGAAACGACGAGGAAUUGUGUGGAAAGACAAUCAAGUCUUGUACAUCUUUUCACGAGCAUUGUUGGAAACUCUACGAGGACACCUCGUCGCCGAUGCUAAAUCCGGUUCACUACAGGCUCGAGACUUGUGUGSCUGGGACGACGCCUGCACCUCAGUUCACGACUGUGGCUGGAUGGGUUUAUUACUUUGGAACGAUCUCGGAUCCGAUACUGGCAAGACACACUUCCGGCUCAAGUACGGUAAUUGGCCUCGGUAGGGUAAGGCUGCUGGUCCGGCGCAGCUCCGACCUGCUCUUGGGUCGAACGUGGCUGAGCCACGUGCAUGCGGUAACGAUAGAGCGACCUGAUGGGAGCCAAACAUUGUCCAUUAGGAAGCCAGACGGGAAGCGGGUAAUGAUUGAGACAGUGGAGCCUCGGGACCCGAGGAACAGAGCAGCUCUUGCUGUGGGUGCAAGACCCAGCGAUCAAAUUAAGUCGAUACCUAUCUCCGGCCGUGCGGUGCGAUUUCGCGAAAAGAGAUAUGGACCACUGCUCACAGAGGAAGAAGGUCGGAUCGUGGAGGUGGAAGACUUAGGGAGUCGACUAAUAGUGGACGACAACUCGUACCCAAAGGAAAAAGAUGAGGAAUUUGGCGAUGUGGUAUCCAAGGAGAAAGAAGAAGUUAUCGCUUUCCUGAAAGAAAAGAUGGUUUCCCACGUUGCGGAGCCGUCUGAUAGCGCUUAUGCUAAUCGAUGGUUGUUCCUACGAAAGCCGAAUGGCAAGAUCCGAUGGAUCCAGGACCUUCAGAAGGUCAACGCGGUGACGAUACAGGAUGUGGGCUCCGUGCCACACGCCGAUUUACUGGCAGAAGGCGCAGCAGGAGCCGCUGUAUGGCCGGUGGCUCCUCGACGCCAAUGGAGCAGUUGGUUGCCCAUUCUAGUCUUGAGUAUAAUCCUUGUCGGCGGCUAUUUUGUCAUGGAAGAGAAGCUCACAGUUGGCGCAAACGGUGAUGGCAGAGGAUGUCUGAAUGUCAGGCAUGCUCUGACAAGCCCCGAAGUUCAGAAAAUUUUGUCCGAGUACCUGUCCCAAGCGAAGAACGGCAGCACGUCGGGACCUGCUGCUGCUCAUAAGAUGAAAGGCGGCGGUGGAGAUCAUUUGGAUAAGCUGACAGCAGCGUUGGCAGCAGAGUUCAAGAGGAUGGAAGAGCAGAACUUUGUCGCCGCUGCGAUCACCAGCACCAGCAGUUUACAAAUGCUGCAAGGUGUCGUCAAUCCCAAGCGUCAUCAAGACCGUCGAUCGGAUGAUCGACUACGGGUGUACAUGUACGAUCUUCCGCCGAAGUUCACAUACGGAGUAAUUGAGUCGUACUUGCGCUGCAGGGACCUGCUGCCGAAAGGAGGAGAUGGUAAAGCGCUUGUCUAUCCACGCCAUCAACACAGCGCCGAAUGGUGGCUAUUUAUAGACCUCCUGGGGAAGGGAGGGAAACAAGCGCAGUCAGCGGCUGUCAGGGUAACUGAUCCUGACGUUGCUGAUGUGUUCUUCGUCCCCUUCUUCUCCUCUCUAAGUCUGCUGAUGCGAAUAUCGAACGAGUCAAUCGUCAGAGCGAGUAGUCGAGUCCAAUCAGGCAAAUUUGCGGCUAGACGUCACGUAUCUCACCCGAAGAGAUAUGCUGUGACAUUGCAGAGAGAGCUCUUGGAGUGGCUGAACAAACAGCCCACAUGGCAUAAGAACCUGGGACGGGACCACCUGUUUGUCGCACAGGAUCCGAAUGCGCUUGCAAUCAUCCGGCCAACCAUCCGCCGGUCAAUAAUGCUGGUCUCCGACUUCGGACGUAUGAGCCCAGAUGAAGGGAAUCUGGUCAAGGACGUCGUCAUCCCGUAUGCACAUCGCAUUCCGACAUAUGACGAGGGUGGACGUCCCUUGGAGAGAGAAACUCUCCUUUUUUUUGGCGGAAAUCGCUUUCGCAAGGAUGGAGGUCGCAUUAGGGAUUCACUGUUCAAUGUUCUGGAGAAUGAGACAGGUGUUCUAAUGGUUGAGGGCGCACCAACAAAUGCGGGAACCCAAUUAGCAAGGUUGAAGAUGAGGACAUCAAAGUUUUGCCUGCAUCCUGCUGGCGACACACCAUCUGCUUGUCGUCUGUUUGAUGCCAUUGUGAAUCUCUGUGUCCCGGUCUGUAACAAAGUGUCAGAGGCGAAAAAUGUCUUGAGGGAAGUGUUGCAGAAGUGGCGGGGAGGAAGCAGUCUUCAGCAGUUCUGUGAUAUAGAUGGCGAGGGCUUCAGCUUGAUUGUCUCAGUAGCAGGUUGCGUCUGUGCAAGGGAUGAAGUGGGCGCUUUUAGUCAAGCGACAAACAAUGACAUAGAUGCAAUCACGUCCGCGGUCGGACUUGGGGAGACCGCAGACGAAAUCCAUGGAGAUGGACUGCCACCGGUGGAGGUGAUAACGGACGAAGUCAAGAGGAGUUUUGAUUGGGGGGGAAUGGUCGAUGACUUUGUGACGACGGGGGUUGUCGGCUGGGUGACUAUGGUGGAGGUAGUGGUGGAUGAAGGCGGGGGUGUGGAUGACGUGUUAGCAGAGAGGGCGGUGGAUGUGGAGGAGGAGGUGAUUGGUGUAGAUGUGGAAGCGAAGGAUGGGGGAAGGGUGGUGGCACCCGAGGUGGGUGCAAGGUCUUCUCCAAGAUCGCCCUCAAGUCUGGCUACCACUAGAUUGAAGUUGAUCCGGCCGACCAGCUCAAAACUGCAUUCAAAACGCACGAUGGGCUGCCUCGUGGACAAGGUCUUCCGCGAUCAGCUCAACAGAUUUGUUGUCGUUUACCUCAACGACAUUCUGAUUUUUAGCAAAUCCACGGGAGAGCACGUCAAGCACCUUGAGGAAGUUUUGCAGAUCCUCAAGGAGGCAAAGCUGCUUCUCAACUUAGAGAAAUCUGCAUCUCAACUUGGAGAAAUCUGAGUUUGGGAGGGACGACGCCAUCUAUCGUGGGCACCGGUUGUCCGCUAACGGCCUUGAGCCUGAGGCAACCAAGGUUGAGGUCAUAUGGAAGUGGCACCAACCAGCGAAUGUACGCGAACUGCGUUCCUUUUUCGGUUUAACCUCAUAUUACCGGAAGUUUGCACCCAAAGUUUCUGCCAUUGCUCACCCACUCUCGAGAAUGACAAACAAAAAUGUGUGAGAAGU